AGAGCGGGAGCUCCUCGUUGCUGCUCUGAAAUAAAUAAAUAUCCUGUGAGGCAGCAGAAAUAAACAAAAAACCACAACGAAAGCCAAUUGAAACCUGUGGCCACUUGUCACAAACACACAGACACACAUGUUGCCCCAAAGUGACAGUGACAGUUGUCUCGAGUGGUUAAAAUAUAGAAAAUAAUGUACAACAAAAAAAUAUAGAAUUUGUAGCCGGCUGGGCAGUGGAGUUCGCGUGUGCGUGUUUCGAUUUUGCGGCACUACAAAAACCGAUAUGAAACUCCAUUUAUGACCGCCGUAAGUCGUAAGUCGUCUUGUACGUGUUUACAUUAAAAAAAAAAUAUAUACAAAAUAAAAGAAAAAGAAAAACCAAGAGAAACGUGCGGCAAAUUGCGGGCAGUAACUUCUUUUUGGAGUCGGGGGAUAGAAAUCAAAAAGAAAUUCCAUUUUAACAAAUCGAUUUUGCUGGCCUUUUUUUGUAUGCGGACAGCAAUAUAAAUAGAGCUACGUUUGGGCUAAUGACAGAUUAAAUUGUUGGCACCCGCCCAAACAAAAAAAGAUUAAAGGAGAAUAAAUAGAAGAAAGCACAAAUAUCACAAAAUCGCGGGGCAUUAAAAAAUUACGAACCGCGCGUGUUAAAACUUUGAGCUGUUAUCAGCCAGGCAAAAACAACAACAAGUAAAACAGCAUUAACAAUAAACUGCGAUAAAAAAAAACGACAGGAACAACAACAAACAAGCAGGAAAAGUUUCAUUAUUUUCGGGAGGCAGCAGGCAAAUUAGGAAGGACAAUGAAGGCGUCGCGACUGUCGGCCUCAUCCAGGCACUCCUGCCCUCAUCAUCCUCAUCCUCAUCAGGAGCGGCGGAUGGAAGGCGCGUGUUGAGCAAUUCCCGUGUCGCCGACAUCUCGCCAUUCGCCAGCAAUUCAGGAAACUCGAGAGGGGACUAGAGGGAAAAGCAGCCUGCGGAGGAUUGGGAAAUGGAGUGGAGCCCGGUCGGAGCUUUGAGCAAACACUCGAAACACGACGGAGGAGCCGUGGCAGGAGCCACAGCCAGGAUGAGGACGAACUUUCGCGGGCUUGUUUGCAUUGCAGAUUGCAAUUACGCGUACUCGCGUUUUAACUUACGCACAGCAUCGGGCCAGAGAUAAGUCCCGCGUAAUGAUGGCUGGGAACGGGGAACUUUAAUCAGGACGCGUCGUCUCAAGUGAACAAGGGGAAAUUGAAGACAUGUCGGAGGCCAAAGUUACUGACCUUCUUCUGGCCACGACAAUGACAUUGCCCGCAGCAGGAACAGGAGCAACAUCAGCAGCAACCACAGCGGCAACAGCAGCAGCCUCCGGCAGGCUGAGCAAAUCGAUUGCAACAUUCGUAGCAGGUAGCGUCACAACAGCAACAUCCACAUUAACAUCGACAUCAGCAUCAGCAUCAGCUUCAACAUCAGCUUUAGCCACUGGCAACAGUAGCCACCUCCUGCAACCAGCAGCAACAUUAGCCACCGCUCUUACCACAACUGCAACAUCUGCUGCCGCUGCUACUGCCGCUUCUACUGCUGCCACAACAACAUCAACAACGAGUCUGCCUAUAACCCCACAAUUUGUAGAUGCCUCGUUGACUUCGCUAUCGUUAACAGCCACUUCGUCCUCGUCCUUUGAAUACUUCUCCUCCUACUCCUCCGUCUCGUCCUCGGAGGCCCCUUUUGAGCUCCUAGCAAACACAACAGGCAAUGCCACCAACAUCAUCAUCGAUCCCAGCCAAGAGCUGGAGGAGAGCUGGCUGGAUAUGUCACUCCUGCUGCUUAAAGGAUUCAUUUUCUCGUCAAUUAUCCUGGCCGCGGUCCUGGGCAAUGCAUUGGUCAUCAUUUCCGUCCAACGCAAUCGAAAGCUACGGGUGAUAACCAAUUACUUUGUCGUGUCGCUGGCCAUGGCCGACAUGCUGGUGGCCCUCUGUGCGAUGACGUUCAACGCCUCCGUGGAGCUCUCCGGCGGCAAGUGGAUGUUCGGGCCGUUCAUGUGCAACGUGUACAACAGCCUGGAUGUUUAUUUUUCCACGGCGAGCAUCCUGCAUCUAUGCUGUAUAUCGGUGGACAGAUACUACGCCAUAGUGCGUCCACUGGAGUAUCCUCUGAAUAUGACACACAAAACGGUCUGUUUUAUGCUCGCCAACGUGUGGAUCCUGCCCGCCCUCAUCUCGUUCACGCCCAUCUUCCUGGGCUGGUACACCACCGAGGAGCAUCUAAGGGAGGUGUCCCUCCACCCGGACCAGUGCUCGUUUGUGGUCAAUAAGGCCUACGCCCUCAUCUCCAGUUCGGUCAGCUUUUGGAUACCCGGCAUCGUGAUGCUGGUGAUGUACUGGCGCAUCUUUAAGGAGGCCAUCCGGCAGCGCAAAGCUUUGAGUCGAACCAGCUCUAAUAUCCUGUUGAACAGCGUCCACAUGGGGCACACACAGCAGCCCACUAACCUGAGCUAUCUGCAUCCCAGCGACUGCGAUCUUAAUGUGCACUCGGCGCGGGAGGAGACGCAAAGUGCGCUGAGCAACUUGGAGGACAUGCUGCAGCCGGCCACCGAUGAGGACGACGACAGGGACGAGUGCGAUGAACUGCGAGUCCCUUCGCCACCGCCACGUCGUCUCAGCAGGAGCAGCAUCGAUCUGCGUGACCUGGAGCAGGAACGAUACGAGAAGGUCACGCACACGGACAGUGCUCCCUCGAUGAUGGCCUUGCAGCAGCAGCUCCAGCCCUCGCACAACCAGCUGCAGCCACCAGUGCCGUUGUUCAACCCGCAGAUAUGGACGGAGGGCAAGCUGCCAAUAAAGGAUGUGGAAGAGCCGCAUCCUUCUCAUCCUACGGCACCGCAGCAGCAGCUCAGCCUGACCAGCGGCAGCGGGAACAGCGAACCUGAGCAGGAGUCGCAUGCCUAUCGCGUCUUCGGGCUCAACAGCGACGAGAGCGAGGGCACCGACCUGUACGAAACCCACCUGCCGCUGGCCGAGGAUAACAAAGAACUAAAGCGGCUCAUCGAAGACAACUACCUGUACUUUAAGCGGCAAACGGGAGGUACCAUCAUCAGCGGUCCUGGAGGCGGCAAGUAUGCCGCCCUCAGCGAGACGGACUUCAUCCGCCUCAAGGCCGGAGCAGCGGCCUGUGGACGGAAACCAUAUGCGGCCAGUGACUCAGAGUUCCUGCGCACCAUCAGCGAGUCCAGAGCUGCCACCAAGGAUCAGGCGCUGCCCACAGGAAAGGAGAAGGGCUUCAACAUCCUCUCGCUGCUGGCCAAAACGAAGCGCUCCAGUGCCGAGUGUUUUGCACUGGAGCGGAAGCGACACCAGGCCAAUUCCGAGGGCUCCAGCUUUUUCCGGCGCGCCCGGAACCGAAAGCUGUCGCACAGCUACAACGGAUGCGGCGGCGGUAAGGAACGCAAACUUGAGCGACGCCAGCGGCAGCACAGUGACACGGACUCGACGCCCAACAAGCCGGACAUCCUGCUGGACAUCAAUGUGCUCAGCGAGCAGAACGGCGCCAGCGUAAUCCAGCAGUUUAGCGACGGCGUCCAGCUGAUUGACUUUAGCGAAGUGAAGACCCCGGACUCCCAGCUCCGGCCUCGGCGCAGCGACGACGAGCUGGCCCAGCUGGCGGAUUGCUUCGGGGAAUCCCCCCAGCAGCCGGCCACCCCACCGCCGUCGCUGUCGCCGCCCGAACUGCCGGAGCCGAGUGGUCUGCUCAUUGCCAGCAGCUCGGAGCUAGCGGAGAUCUUCCGGUCUCUCAGCUUUCCGCUGGGCCGACCGGCCGGUGCUCCUCAGCGCUUGAGCACGCUCAGCGACCAGGUGUGCGCCAACUACCUGAUGUCCCCACCGAAUACGCCAGCUCCGCAGACCGCGGGCAACGGUGCCGCCAUGGACUCCAAUGCCAACAGUAACGGGCAGCCGGCGUCCAUCAAUGUGUACUUCCUGUCGCCGCCGCCGCAUGCCGCCGGACCCGGUUAUACGCCCAGUGACACCUCUACCGUGUCCCUGGAUGUGGUGACCACCCUGCCAGUGCCCGUUCCAGUGCCCGUCCCGGUGCCGUCACAGCCAAAUCCCCAAAUGCCCUCACCCAAGCCGGAGAUCAUACUUGAUUCCACACUGUCGCCCGUGGAGGCCGGUUCCGACGAGCACAAGGAUGUCACGUCGCCGCUGUUCAAGCGCAAAGAUAGCAAUGGCGAUGCGGACGUGAGCGUUUCCGGCGGAAAUGGUGGGGGAGGCGGAGCAGCUCGACAGCGCUGCAGCAUCCUGGCGGGCUACGAUGGCAUCCAGACGGUGCGCAAGCGACAGGCAUCCGUGGUGACCUAUGACGUGAACGUCAUAAACUUUUCGCAGGAGAACAGCGACAGUCGCAGCUACAUUCCCAUGGGCCGCGUGUCCACGAGUUCAGCAAAGCACGAAUUUUCCAAUAAAUCCUCGCUGAUCCGACGCGGCGGCAUCUGCAUAUUUGUGGAUGAGGAGGAGGCGGAGAUCAUUGAGCAGCGGCCCCGCGGCAUCACCUUCGCCCCGGUGUCCAGUCCGCUGCCCAAGUGUCCGCUCUGCGGCGCCGACAUCAGCACCACCAACACCACCACCACCACCAACCGAAACGCAAACGCAAACGCCGGCACCACCACAGCCACUGAAACCACCACCAAAGUUCCACCAAGUGCUAGUGCCAGUGCAAGCGCAAGUCCAAGUGCUAGUAGUAAACGUAGUAGUCACGCCACAGCUCCGGAUCUUGGCCAGGGUUCGCGGUCCAGGUCCACUCGCUUCUGGCACAAUCGCAGGGCGGCGGUAACGGCAUGUUGGCAGCAGAGCAAGAACCGGAAGCGCCGCUUCGAGACCGGAUGCAGUCACUGUGGUGCAACCGGCGGCUCCGUUCGUCCGGCCAAAGGAUGGAAGGCCGAGCACAAGGCCGCCCGCACCCUGGGCAUCAUCAUGGGUGUCUUUCUGCUCUGCUGGCUGCCCUUCUUCCUCUGGUAUGUCAUCACAUCGCUGUGCGGCCCGGCCUGCCCCUGCCCCGAUGUUCUGGUGGUGGUGCUCUUCUGGAUCGGCUACUUCAACUCGACACUGAAUCCGCUUAUAUAUGCCUACUUUAAUCGGGACUUCCGCGAGGCAUUCCGCAAUACGCUGGAGUGUGUGCUGCCCUGUCUGGAGAAGCGAAAUCCCUACAACGCCUACUACGUCUAGACCGGACGGAUGCGGAUUCCAAUACCGUUGUCGAUAAUACUCCCCUCCCUUUUUUUCGAUAUGGAACAAUGCCCCUAUAAGUGAUAUUUAAUACUCGAGUGAAUCGUCGUUAAACCAAAGAGAAAGGCAACCAACCCAAAGCCGGGAAAGAAGCAAAGAAAAGCAAGCUAGUAAAAUCCUUCGAGCUAAGCAAUACUCAAUGUGUGUUUAUUACGUAUACGUGUGUACAUUUCCAUUUAAGCAACGAUAGGGAAUUUAAAAAUUAAACUUAAGUUGUGUUCUGCAGGGGAUAGUGCUGCCCCCCAACCUAUAAUAUCCAUAUAUAAGUGUUGUUUGUCCAACUAAACGGAAGAUAUACGUAACGAUAUACAUAUGACAGUCGAAAGCAAAAUUAGAGACCGCGCAGCUAUGCUUGGAAUAAACAUAACGUUGAAGCGAAAUGUUGUCUAGUUAAACUUAAGAAUCGUGCAAAUUGCUCUUCGGUUCAUCGAAGAUAGGACACUUUUUCCAUAUAGUAAAUACAUAUAUCUAAUUAUUCCAAAGGAAGUUUUUUGUAAUUGAAAU